UUAAUUUGAACAUUUAGGCCUAUGUAUAAAUGAAUAAAUUAAUAUUUAUUUAUGGACUUUUUGUAUGUUUUAUUAUUCACCAUAAUCAUCAUCAUAAAUAUCUUAGCAGAAAAAAAAAAAUUCUAUUUCAUUGGAUCGGAAAUUCACGUCAAGCAUUUCUGACUGCAUUACCCAGAAGUCAUGGCUUCUUCUGACAACGUGAGUUUAUUUUCAUCACCGUAGCAACAGAAGGCGGAAGUAAAAGUCGUCUUUAGAACUGCUAAAUACAUAUUUAUAAAUUGUGUACAGUUCUUUAAUCAUGAGAGCAAAUAACAAGCCUUUACAACAAAGUAUGCAAAAGACCAAAAAUACUGCAGCAGAUCGCGGGCCGAGGCCAGCAGACGUCCCAAUGCUGAAGUUAGAGACACUGCAAGACACAGCGGAAGAGCAUCUUGCUAUAAUUCCCAAGGAUGCUGUUAUGAAGAUAUCUGGAGAUCUGUCAGGCUUUAGCUGGGGCUCUCCUCCUCCCACAAACUCAAAUCAGUGUUUUGAAAUGAAAAAGGAUGCAAAAAAUCCUGUAUCUGCGGGAUCUGACAAUGAGGAACCACUACAGCUGAGUAGCAGGGUUCAGACACAGCGAAGUCCGCUGUACAACGACAAAUCAAACCUGAAUUCUCCCGACUUCACCUUUAAAAACACAGCACAACCCAGCCACAACCCAUCCAACGCUGCACAAUCCAACAGCAAGAUGAAAGAUGCGGAGGAGCUUACAGAGGAGAGGAAACUACAGGCAGUAAUUGAGCAGGUUAUGGUGGAUCAGCUGUCGAGGGCUGUCAUUAGCGAUCCGGAACAGAAUGCUGUGUCUGUCAGUCCCACGAGCGUCCCACCACGCUACAUCAGAACUCUUCAUCACACUAAGGUAAAAACCCAGGCAUCUUUAACAGAGAACCUCCUGUCCAACAAGCUUCGCUUUCAUGCCAGGAUUUUGUCAAGAUGUGGACGCGAAGCGUGUCGAGAGCUGAUUGGUUUCUUUUUCACAUGCGACCAAACACUGACGGUGUACGAGUACAGAAAUUUUGGUAAAAACAGAUGGAACGCGCUGCCCUUUAUCGCUCGUGGUGUGUAUUUGAACAGAGGGAGACCGUACAGCCUGCAGGACAUCUCACAGGGUGCCGAGCUUCACUUCUGUACAGACGGCCCACACUUCCCCCACAGCCUGAGAGAGCAGCCGCGCGUCUCCCUCAAAGUUACCGAUGUGGAUGAGACUGCCAAGAGACGCCUGCUAGUCCAGGAUGGGGAAAGCCUAUUUCAUCUCUCUGAAGAGGAAAUCAAUGAAAGAAAAACCCUGAAGGCAAUCCAAGAUGUGGUGCGUGAUAAGCUGAGGGGACGUGCGGUCCAAACCCUAAUCAAUCUAGGGAGACAUCUGCAGAACUUGGAUCUGAAGGGUGAUCGUGUUCCUCAAAAAGAUUUGCUCAGAAAAUCUCUCAUGGACCACCUGUGUCUAACUCAACAGGACUUCGAGGCGGUGUGGAGGAUUGUGAGUCGGCGUGUGGAGGGGCGGGUGCACCCCGCCGAUGUGAUGCGUGCCGUUACUGGGGAGAUGACCGAGAAUAGAAAAGCUGUCUUGCUGAAGGUUUAUGUAAAGCUUGACCCAAAUAAAACUGGCUCCAUAGUGCUGAGUGACAUUGAAAAAUUCUAUAGAGGAAAACGAGAUACAUACACAACACGUGAAGCGAAUCCAGUUCCUGACUUCCUGACCUUCAUAGAGCAAGUCGGACAGAUCGGCAAGAGUGUGUCCUACGCAGAGUUUGAAGACUAUUACGAGGGUCUAAGUAUUGAAAUCCUUGAUGAUGAAGAAUACAUUAACAAUCUAAGAGCCGUGUGGAGUAUCUGAGUGUUUGUUACAUUCAUUUCUUGCUUAUCGUUUUUAAUAUUACAAGUACAAUCCAAAGCAUGAUGUUUGAAUACAAUUACAGAUUGGGCUACUAUGUAGAAUCUGGAUAU